AUCUAGAUUUUUGAUUACCCUCUCCGGUGAGCGGCGCUCCUCGCCAUCACUGUGAGAGGGUCUCUGCUGCUGCUCCUUUCUUUGUAUAGAGUUUUCGGUCUCUCCCGGUGCUAGAUCUGGUGGAUCGUUGAUGAUUUGGUGUUGUUAGUUUUCUUAGCGCAGUUGACGGCCUUCACGGCGAGGCUUGCUCGGCGGUCUUUUGAGUGUCGUUCAACCUCUCCCAGCGGUGUCACGAGAAGGAUUUUAUGCCUUGGUCAGUUCUUUUAGGUGAAUCUUCUCGGAUUUGUUGCCAUGGGUUCUUGUUGUCUCCUGGUUAAGUAAGCUCUCUCUCCUGUCCUUUUCCUUCAUCGUUUAGCUCGGGGUAGAUGGUUAGUGUGGUGUGCAGUUUUGAUGACCUUCGAUUGGGUAGUCUAUUGGUUUGUUUCGAGUAUCGAUUUUGGGUUUGUGGAAGCGGUUGGAGCGGUCGUCUCCGUGGGAUUUUUGUGGUUUCAAAGAAGAUGAUAGUAAAAAACUUCUUCCUUGCUCUUUCCUGCCCUUUGUUUCUUGGCCGUUCUUGUGCUUAUCGUCGUUUCUAAGCCGUCUCUGUUGUUUGGUUGUGGGUUGCGUUUCAAUCUGGCCAGCCGUUGCAUUUCCUUGCACCCUUUGUCUUCUCGAUCAGCUUUUGAUUCCCUUUGGGCUCGAAUUCUUUCUAAGCAGAAGCUUCGUUUUGAGUUUUGGUUUUGGCAGUCUUCAUAGUAUGCAGAGUUUUCUUCUCCUUGGUGUUCGCGGUGGGUGUUAGCUGUCUCGAUUCUUUGUCGUUCUCGUUCCUGAGAUUGGUGAUUUUUGAGAAGUUUUGCCUCGCUCCUUGUCCCUGCUUUCGAGAUCUGUUUAGAUCUGUUCGCUUUUUGAAGGAUUCUAGCUAGACGUUUUGAAGACGCAUCAGUCGUCGUCGUCGCAUCCGGAAGCGUUUUCGAGUUUCUAUGAGUGGUUUUGCUUGCCGGGUUAUGUUGUCCUUGGUUCUCGAGAGAAUGGCUCUCAACAUGAUAGGAGGAGGUAUAUGUUAUCUUUGGGUUGGCCGUGGACAUCCUUGAUAAAUUGCAUUUGCAGGUGUUUUAGAAGAAGAUGAUUCUCUGUUUCUUUGGAUCUAUCAUUUCCCUUUGGUUUAAGCCUAGUUGCCUCUGCUUUUAUUUUAAGAAUUCGUCCUCUUUCGAUUGUGGUUUGAUAAUUUCUGCUUUCUA